AGAAAACAAUCAUGAAGAUCGCUUUGCUGUUGGCCUCUUGCGUAGCUAUGGUCGCCAUGACCGGGGCUGUCAACUAUCCGGACAAUCCCUUCAGCCAUCUGGAUCUGGUCCGCGGAAUGGACUAUCAGCUGAGUGAGCAACAGUACGAACUCACCCAAGGUAUCCUGGAACAGGCCCUGCAGGGUUUGAAGUUUAUCAUUCAGAAGGCUGAGAACGCUAUUCAGAAGAUCGUCGACCAGGCUGGAGUUCUCUUCGACGAUGUAUUGAGCCAAGCUGAACGGCUGCUGGACGAUGCCAUCGAUACCAUCUCGGAUAUCGUCGAAAAAGCCUUGGAAGCAAUGAAUGGAGCGCGGAAUCCCGUCAGCGAAUGCUUGGAAAUAUUCCCACAAAAACUACAGCAGAUCCGAGAAGACGCCAUUGCAAAGGCGAAGGAAUGCUUCGAACACUUCUUCGACGGUCUGAAGGUCGUUGAAGGUGUAUUCCAAGACAGUGCUAGCAGUUUUUUCGCGAAAGUUCAUGAUCUGGAGGCGAUUGCAGAGGAGUGCGUUGAAGAGAAUGUCGAUUUCUUCGAGCAAGUCAACUGUAUCGUUCGUCGCGUACCGGAAGCUGCUGACAUUGCUCUGCAAAUCAUCAAGGAACUGGGUGGGCUUUUUAGCAACACUUUCCAAAACUCAAUCUCUUUGGUCAACGAAACACGUAGAUGUUUGUUGGACGUUAUCCGGCAAGCUCGUGCUGAGGUUAAGAAGGUAGUCGAAGAAUUCUAUGAGUGCGUGCAACAGAAACCGGACCCUCAGCCCACAACGGAAGGACCAACAGAGCCGGGAACAGAACCUGGAACUGAGACGACCACUGUGUCGACAACUGAAUCGACAAGCGAGCCGACUACUCAAUCAACAACCGAGACGGCGACGAAUCCGCCAAUUGAAUCCACGACUGAAGCCACAACUGAAACUGAAUAGACAACCAUGAAGACAAUUCAACCGGUAACUCAGCAACAUUAAAACCAAAGUUGUAGGCCUAACCAGCUGUUUGUGUAUGUAUAAGAUAAAUUGGAAUCGUUUUUUUUUUAAUUUGAGAUUAAUUAAUACAACUUUACAACAUGAAA